AUGAUAAUUGAAUUGGAGGAUAAAUUAACAGCUUCAAUUCACUUAUCAAAUUUAUAAGAUCAAAUCAAUGCAGUUAGAUAAAGUGAUUUCUAACGUAAAUUAUUCUUUACGAUAUGUAUAAAUAAUGGAAAUUCAAAUAGGUUUUGGACACAUAAUUCAUAUAUUUGAUAGUUGCAUAGCUAUGUUUGCUUAUGAUAAUCCAUUAAUACUUUUAAUAUAUUUUGCAUGUUAUACAAUAGGUCAAUUAAUAGCUAUAAAUAAAUAUGUAUAACACUGUUAAUUUUAUUGUUCAAUUAUGUAAAUCAUUUUAAUUUGCAUAUUAUUUAUUGAGAUGCAUCAAGAAAUAAUUGUAUUAGUUAUUUUUAUUAUAAAAUCUUUGAUUAAUGGAUAUAUGAAUUAAGUACUUCAAAUGAUAAGAUUUUAAUUAAUAAAAAUAUCCAUUAAUGUAGGAUACUUGAUAACUAUAAUUUUCAGUUUGAUUGGAAUAUUUUGUAAUAGAUUUGAAUAUUCAAUAUUUCGAGUAAUUUGUGUAACUGAGAUUUGUCUAUUGAUAAUAUUUUUGAAGUAAUCUUCUCGUCUGCCUCCUUUGAUGGAGGAAUGUUUGGACAAUGAAUUUGAUGUUUAUGUUAAAUAUAUAGAAAAAUGUGCUGAAAAUAGUUAAAUCUUAAAUUAUGAAGAAUAGUAUGAUUAUAAUUAAAUAAUAAACUAGUAAAAAUUCUAAUGAAUAGAUUUCUAUAAUUCAAACGUUUUAAAUUAAAGUACAUAGACCAACAAUGAGAAAAUUAUUUACGAAAUUAUCAAAAAUAAAUGAAUAAAUUUAUAAAUACUUUAUUUGUUAAACCUUAUAAGGUUUUUUAUUUUAUAGGUAAUAAUAUAAAAGAAUUUAAGCAAUUUAACAUAUAUUAAAUAUUUCAACUCUGAUAAUAGCAAUAAAUAUAUUGAUAUUAUGCUAUUAUCUAUUUUUGGAGCAUUUAGUAAACCUUUCUAUUAAUUCAUGAUUGGAUUAUAUACUUAGAAAUAAGUUUAUUAAAUUUCAUGUAAAUUUAUAAAUAUUUUUAGAAUCAAUUUGCAUAAUAAGUUAAAUGUUGAAGAUGAGCUACAUUUACAUUAAAUCAGAUUGGAUGUUAUUGAUAGCCAGUUUAAUGCAAGGAGUAUUCCAUUACAAUAUUUCAACCGAUAUCCAUUCAGUAACUUGGUCGAUAAUCUAAGGAUUACCGUACGAUGAUAUUAGGAUUAUCAUAAGCGUGUCGUCAUCUUGGAGGAAUGUUUAUGGCUUAUAGUGUUUAUGAUUUUUUACAUGAACAAUUGUGGGAAUUCUUGUUUGCCUAAUUGAUAGUAGC